AUGAAUAUGUUAGAUGAUGAUGAUGACCAAAGCUUUCACGCUACGCGUGACGGCUACUCCCAUUUGAGCGAUGUCGAAUGGGAUGCGGUUGAACGGAUGGGUUCAACCAUGGGCACCCAUGCUGUUAGCGUCAUGCUAGAGGCUCUCAAUAGAGAUGCUCAGCAUGCUACUAUCGCCAAGUUCAUUCAAAAUGAACUUGACGCAGAACGCGAGAAAGUAGCCUUGCUUCACCAACAAGGUUCUCAACAAUCAGAGUUGUUGAGAGAACAGGGUGCUCAACAGUUUGAACUGUUGAGACAGCAACAGGCUGCUGCUGCUGGUGGGUUGAUGCACUCGCGUCGACCCGAGAACUUGAAGAUUGACAUCUUCAAGUAUAGGGAGUCGAAGGGACUCCCUCUUGAGAUGGUUCGUCGAAUUGGAUGA